GGCAGUUGGACAUUAUGCAAACUACGAAACACGAAACGGUCUCUUAAGGUUUCCGAACAACAGGGACUGAAGCUGAAGCAUGGCGGCCAAAACCCCUAACGCAAGAAGAAAACGAACAGCAGUGAAUCCAGACCUCGAACGGCUCGAGUCGCUCCCAUGGAACCCAUCUCUUCCCGACGUUGAUGACCCCUUCUCGCUUUUCGUCGGAUCCGACGAGCUCGAAGGAGGUUUUCUGUCUCUGGAGGAGAUUGAUGAAUCCGAGUACGGUCUGGAAAUUCAUGAACCCGGACCAGAAGAUAAAAAGGGGAAUCCUAAGCAAUCCAAGAAAUCAAAGAAGCGAAAAAGUAGUGGUGACAAUGAUAGUUCCGGAGAUGGGGUUGAAGAUGGAACUGAAGAAGAAGUGGUUGACAAGAAGAAUAUUAAGAAGAAGAAGAAGAAGAAGAAGAAGGUAACAAAGAAAAACCAGACAAAUGAAGAAUCUGCAACUGUAGUUAGCAAUGACAAGGAUGAUGUGGAAGGGGACUCUGUUGAUGAAGCUGAGUUUUAUGAGUGGAAUGAAUUAAGACUCCAUCCAUUGCUCAUGAAAUCCAUACACAGGCUUGGGUUCAAGCAACCCACACCGAUACAGAAAGCUUGUAUUCCUGCUGCUGCUCAUCAGGGAAAGGAUGUUGUUGGUGCCUCGGAGACAGGAUCAGGUAAAACUCUUGCUCUUGGUUUGCCCAUUUUGCAACGUCUCCUUGAAGAACGAGAAAAAGCUGCCGAGCCCCUUGCAGAAAAUGGUGAGGAAAAGUAUACUGAAGGAGGCAUUUUGCGGGCUCUGAUUAUUACUCCUACAAGAGAGCUUGCACUUCAGGUUACUGAUCAUCUAAAGGAAGUGGCCAAGGGUACCAAUGUUAGGGUGGUCCCAAUUGUUGGUGGGAUGUCAACCGAAAAACAGGAGAGGCUUUUAAAAGCAAGGCCUGAGAUUGUUGUUGGAACUCCGGGAAGGCUAUGGGAACUAAUGUCAAGAGGAGAAAACCAUCUUGUUGAGUUACAUUCAUUGUCUUUCUUUGUAUUGGAUGAGGCUGAUAGAAUGGUAGAAAAUGGCCAUUUUCAUGAGUUGCAGUCAAUAAUUGACAUACUUCCAAAGACCAGUGGUUCUAUGGAAAGCCUCUCCCAAAAUACAGAGAAUUGUUUGACAGUUUCAAACAUCCAAAGAAAGAAAAGGCAAACAUUUGUGUUUUCUGCAACUAUUGCACUCUCUGCUGAUUUUCGUAAGAAGCUGAAGCGCGGAGCCCUGAGAUCGAAGCAACUGAUGAAUGAUGGGUUGAAUUCUAUAGAAACUCUCUCUGAGCGAGCAGGGAUGAGACCUAAUGCUGCCAUUGUUGAUCUGACAAAUGCAUCAAUUAUGGCAAAUAAACUUGAGGAGUCAUUUAUUGAAUGUAGAGAAGAAGAUAAAGAUGCCUAUUUAUAUUAUAUUCUGAGUGUCCAUGGACAAGGUCGGACCAUUGUUUUCUGUACAUCUAUUGCAGCUUUACGCCAUACUUCUUCCCUAUUGCGCAUUCUUGGAAUCAAUGUUUGGACCCUUCAUGCCCAGAUGCAGCAGCGAGCACGUUUGAAGGCAAUUGAUCGUUUUCGUGGAAAUGAACAUGGUAUACUUGUUGCUACUGAUGUUGCAGCCCGAGGCCUUGAUAUCCCUGGUGUUCGAACUGUUGUUCAUUAUCAGCUUCCACAUUCAGCAGAAGUUUAUGUCCAUAGAAGUGGAAGAACUGCUAGAGCUUCUGCUGAUGGAUGCAGCAUCGCACUAAUCUCACCAAAUGAUAGAUCAAAAUUUGCUAAUUUGUGCAAAUCAUUUUCAAAGGAAAGUUUUCAGCGAUUUCCUAUAGAGAGCUCAUACAUGCCAGAGGUUGUAAAACGUUUAUCUCUUGCACGUCAAAUUGACAAGAUUUCGCGGAAGGACUCCCAAGAAAAGGCAAAGAAAAGCUGGUUUGAACAAAAUGCAGAAGCAUUGGAAUUGAUUGUGGAUGAAUCUGAUAGUGAGGAGGAAAAGGUGAAAAUCCAUAAGCAAAAGAAAGCCAGCUCCAUGCAUUUGAAUAAGUUGCAGCAGGAGCUCAAUAUGUUGCUCUCACAUCCAUUGCAACCAAAAACAUUUUCGCAUCGCUUUUUAGCAGGGGCUGGUGUUUCACCUCUCCUGCAACGUCAGUUUGAAGAACUAUCUAAGCAGAAGCUAGAUGAUGAAAGGGGUUUGGGAGAAAGCAAGAGAAGGAAAUUGCUUGUUAUUGGUCAGGAAUGUGUGGAACCUCUCCAGGCACUUAGGAGUGCUGGUCAGGAGGUGUGCAUGGAUGUGAAAGAGACUGCAGAAAAACGAAGAAGUUUGGAGAGUUUAAGGAGGAAAAGAAAAGAGGAGAAAAAACGGUUACGCGAUCAACGAAGAAAGCAGAGGAAAAGACUAAAGGCAGAUGCUGAGUGAAAUUUCUCCACUUCAAAUCCUGAAUGAGGAGAAUACGUGGACACCAUAAACAUCCCCUAUGGUGCAGUUUUCUUAUUUAACAAAGUGCCAAGUCAUAUUUGAAAAUUAAAAUUUUGACAGGUACCUCUUCAAUUUGUUUUAGUCUAGGUUUGAAGUUUGAAACUUAAUAAAAAUACACUUCUAUUUAAUCUAGUUUUAGAAGUUGAUAAUGUUAUUAGUCUGGAUAGGCAGGCUUUCACA